UGUAUGCAGAGACAGGUGGGGGAAGAUGAUACCAGUGUAGCAGAUAGAUAGAUAGAGGCUCCUGAAUCAGAACGGCACUGGCAGUUUGAGCGGUGAACGGGCGAGGCGCUGUGCAUCAUCAGCUGUGAAGCCUCGGCUCCGUGCAGUCGGUUUGAGAGACAGCCAUGGAGAGGUGGAGAGCGGACCGUCUCCUUUGUUAUUUCUAAAAAAGUCCGGCCACUUCCGAACUAUGCCACCGUCCGCUGCGGCUCGCCUCGGCCCGGACGCCGGACGCACACGGAGGCCGCCAGAGGAUUCCCACCGGAGUUUCUUCGCUGUGGCUCAAGUAGAAUUCUGGAUCUAAGAUUUGCGCAGGGUGGGCUCCAGCAGGACGCGAUACAUGGAUGCUGGGACCAUGAGCAUACACGGCAAAAGGGGCUACUUAGCAGACCUGGGAGGCAGUUUCACUGAGGAUGCUCCCAGACCUCCUGUCCCUGGUGAGGAGGGAGAGCUGGUGUGCAGCGACGGCCGUCCGCACAGCAGCCACUGCCUCGCCUCGAAGAAUGAGAGUCUCAAAUGUGAGGCGUCGGUGGCUACACCCAGACGUCCUGACUUGGAUCUGGGUUACGAGCCAGAGGGCAGUGCCUCACCCACGCCACCCUACUUAAAAUGGGCAGAGUCCCUCCAUUCUCUCCUGGACGACCAGGAUGGCAUCCAUCUGUUCAGGACGUUCCUCAAGCAGGAGGAGUGUGCGGACACGUUGGACUUCUGGUUUGCGUGUAGUGGCUUUCGCAAACUUGAAGCUAACGAGGGAAACGAGGAGAAGAAGGUGAAACUGGCAAAAGCUAUCUAUAAGAAGUACAUACUUGACAACAAUCGGAUUGUCUCUAGACAGAUCAAACCGGCCACCAAGUCCUUCAUCAAAGACUGUUUGAUGAGGCUUCACAUUGACCCUGCAAUGUUCGACCAGGCUCAGACUGAGAUACAGACAAUAAUGGAGGAAAACUCCUACCCUCUUUUCCUAAAGUCAGACAUAUAUUUAGAAUACACACGAACAGGAGGAGAAAGCCCUAAGCUGCACAGUGACCAGAGCUCCGUGCCUGGGAAUGGAAAGGAUCAGCCAAGUUAUUUACCAACUCUAAAUGAAAUCGAGGAAUGUGACCAAGUGCCAGAGGAGCAGCCUGAGUGUGACCCCACACCGAGAAGCCAGCUCGCUCAGGAACUCUUAAUGGAGAUGGUACCGCAGCGGGUUGCCAGCAGUGCAACAUUCCAGGACAGUCGUGAGUGCAGGCAUGCACCAUGGCGGGAGCCCAUCAACCCGUACUAUGUCAACACCGGUCAUGCUAUGGCUCCAGCCACCAGUGCCAAUGACAGUGAGCAGCAGAGCAUGUCCAGUGACGCAGACACACUUUCCCUCACAGACAGCAGUGUAGAUGGGGUCCCACCAUACCGAUACCGCAAACAGCAUCGCCGGGAGAUGCAUGAAAGUGCCAAAGCAAAUGGGCGAGUGCCUCUACCUCAUUUUCCACGCACAAACCGGAUUCCAAAGGAUAUACACGUGGAGCCAGAAAGGUUUGCUGCAGAGCUGAUUAGGAGGCUGGAGGGCAUACAGAGGGAGAGGGAGGCUGAGGAGAAACUAGAGGAGCGGCUGAAGAGAGUACGACUGGAGGAGGAUAGCGAGCAAGUCACCAUGUCCACAGGUCUGUCAUUAUCCAGUCACAGGCCCCCCUCCAGUGCGUAUUCGCAGAACUACAACCCUCGUUAUGCUGACAUCCCCUACAAUGGUCCUUUCCUCAAGGACGCUCACGAGGAAAACCCUGAGAGUAUCUUAGACGACCAUGUCCAGCGAGUCAUGAAAACCCCUGGCUGCCAGUCUCCUGGGACAGGUCGCCACUCUCCCAAGUCACGCUCCCCAGAUGGUUUCUUUGGGGGGAUGGGGAUCAGUGAGUCAGGCCAAGGUAAACAUCCAACAAGGAACAGCUACAAAGGAGAGAUGAGCCACCUGCACCACCACAAGCACGGCCAUUAUCCGGGCACAGGACGGCCCAAAGAGCAUGCUGAGGCUGAGGGAGCCUUUCCCUGGAUCAUGGAGACAAGUUGUUACAUUUCAAAGUCUCGCAACUACGCAGAUGGCACAGGGUCCAAUCACUCAGACCAUUCAGGUUGUAUUCUUCUAUUCUGCAACAGCAAAAGCGGUCCACAUUGUAAAAGACCUUUUAAGAAAGGUGAAGAAGUGUGGCCCUGCGACAUAUCGGGCCCGACGGAGGAGACGGAGAAAAACCACAAGAUCCUUAUGUGGCUGAUGGAGGGACAGAAAGAAAUGGUUCAACACAAGCGGAGUCCAUACGGGACCACCACAAGCCAUGAGGGAUCACGACUCAGUUCCCUGGAACGAUCAGGAUCGAUGCAUCCGUGCAUGAGUGUCCAAAUGCACAGCAAUGUGCAGCCAUCUCACCCUUUCAUCCAGGACCCCACCAUGCCCCCAAACCCAGCACCCAACCCGCUAAUCCAGCUGGAGGAGGUUUGCAGGCGGCUUGAAGAGGAGAAGACAAAACCUGGAGGCGUGCAGCCGAAGCAAAGGUAUGUGAUGGAGGUGAUCCAGAGGGGUCGCGCCGCAGUGAGGCCUGCGCUGUUCCCGCCGCUCAACGUGGUCCCCGCCGUCUCAGACAGCGAGCUCUCAGAGCCCGAACAUAAAGCCAGUAAGAAGCCGCCGAGUGAAAACACUACGGUGGCGUAUUACUUCUGUGAGGAGCUGAUACCUUACAGGACGUCUGUCAAAGGGAGGGUUGUCACGCUGGGCCAGUUCAAGGAACUGCUGACAAAGAAAGGAAACUACAGGUAUUAUUUCAAAAAGGUCAGUGAUGAGUUUGACUGUGGGGUGGUGUUUGAGGAGGUGCGUGAAGAUGAUGCCAUCUUGCCAAUCUUUGAGGAGAAGAUUAUCGGGAAAGUCGAAAAAGUUGAUUGAAGUGGACGUCAACGAAGUGGAAGCUGAGGGGAUCGAGGAGGAGAUGAAGGUGACAAGGAAGUGUUUUCUGGUGGAGAUCAAAGGAAAGUGCUCUGGCCGUGAUGGAGCUGAAGGCGGUGUCCAGGGAUGUCGCUGCUGUGAUGAACUGGAAGAAAAAAAAGACCUCAAUCACUUGUUGGAGUGUCAUGUAGCAAUGUGAAGCUUACUAGGUAGAUGAAGAACAAAAGUGCUACUAAAGCUACAUAUUUUUGCUAAAGAUCUAUCAAAGGGUUUUCCUUUUAAAGUAACUGCACUCAUAAUUUUUAUAUGUACAGUUUGUGUUAACAACAGAAUUUUAUAUCUAUUUAAGUAUCUGAAAGACAAAUUUUCAAAUCUAUAACUGUGUGGCUCCUGCUGAAAAUGAUCAAAAUCCUUCUAUAGGGCUGGUGCUUGUUGUUUGUUUCUUCUGGAAUCUGAUGUUUGUGCUCUUCUAAGUGCUUUCAAUACUUACCAGAACUUCUUUUUGUGACAGUCUUCUUGUCCACUGCAUCAUAAACCACUGAUUAUGUCUUGGUGUUGGCUUUCUAACCAGAACCCUUUUACAGUAAUGCAAACGAGUACAUCAGUCCUUUCUCUUGUCAAGAUGAUUAUGAAGCAUGUAUUCCUUUUGGACUCGACUGGAGGAUCUUUGUGGUGUUUUAAUGACUUUAUAAUGUAGGAUAGACUUCAAAUUUUUCUGAACUGAUUCUCAUAUUUCAUGAAAGGAUUCGUUAUUGGGAUGUUUGACUGGGUGGCAUUUCUGUAAAAUGUUACUAUUUGAAGUGGUUUGAUGUGUACUGAGGGGAAUGUAGCCUAAAUCUCUGUCUGUUUAUCCACUUUGCCUUGAAGUAAGAACAGACACUAAAUGCAAUGAUACUGUAAAAUGAGACAUGAUUGGAAAUCACAAGAUGAAUCUAUGCAAAGUCAUUCUAAAUGAAAAAGUAGAUUGGAAAUAUUAGAGAAAUGUGAAGAGUAAAUGCUGGCUUCAUACUAUCUGUCAGCAUAUUUGAAAAUAUUUAUUAGGACAAUACCUGUAAAUGAAUUUGAGUUAGGAUUGAUACUAUCAGGUUUUGUGGUUUGAGUGCUUUAGCACAAGAAUAUACAAUAAGUAAUGCAAAUGAAUUUCUGUUGGACGCUGUUGAGCUGUGUUAAGUGGCUUUAAAAGUCAGUGUUGUCCAGUAGGUAGAAGAGCAGCUCGUUCUAAUUUGCGGUGAUUUUUAGCAGAGUUAAUUUGCUCAGAAGACCCACGACGGCAUGAACUCUUAAACGUGAGGACUUCAUCUCAUGUUCAUUUUUUUUCUUUAAUCUCCAUUCCACGUUAAAUCUUGUAUCACUGGCCGGUCAGUGAAUUUACCCCUUACUGCCUACUGUCACAAAUUUGUGACAGUCCACUUCUAUACAUAAUACAUCUGAAAUAGAGUUAUUUAUUCCUUCAAUGGUGAUUGAUGUAUUUUUUAGUGAAUACCUAUAAUCUUGUAAGCGCAGGUUUGUUCUCUGGACCGUUUGCCUUGAAAGCAAAUGCAGAAAAAUUUAUUUAAUUUAUAUAUAUGUUUGACAAUAAAUUCAGGCAUUAAGGGUUGAAAAGGGGGAUGUACUGAGAGCUGGUGGAAGCCUUUUCCUGCUUAAUGCAGCUACAUCUUGUGCCUGAAAGGAAGUUUUCUGGAUCUAUGUGUGAUAGAUCUCUUUACACCAAAGAGGAAAAAGUAUGUGGUAUUUGAUGCUCUGACGUUGUCCCUUUUGACUUUUCCAUUUCACGGCAGCAGUUGUUUCUUACCUUUUUUUAAUAGGCAUUUUCUUUGAAAACACUGAAGAUCCGUUACUUUUGGGUUUUAAACCACAAAUGUCAGCAAAAUUUAGAAAAAAUGUCAAGAAGCUUGCAGAAUAUUUAUGUCCUCUUACUACUAGGAGAAAAAAGAAGUAGUAGGCCAGUUUACAUGUAUUUAUCUUUAUCUGGCUGUGUAAUUGACAUGUUUGCACUGGAAUAGCAGAGACUGAAAGUUAUUGCACAAAGUUGGCUCGCUUAGAAAGGAGGCACAAAGAUUCAAGGCCUCCUUUUGUCAUUUGAGUUGUGUUUCUUGCCAUUGUGUUGAUUCAUUUUGAGGAAGUCGUUACAGAUGUGCAGCCCGCUGUAACCGACUGUGGAACCUUGACUUUAGAUGCUGUACUGUGAUGUGUUGUUUCACAGAGAUAGCAGAAGGAAUUUUCUUCAUUGAAGGAUGCUGCUUUUUGAGAUGACUAACUUAGAAACGUUGAUUAUUUUAUUACAUCUGUGGUGUGAUUAUUUGGCUCUAAAGUUGUUCACAUUUUUCAUUUAUUUUGAAACAUAGUUGAUUAACUCUGUUCUGGUUACUGUGAAAGCCCCAAAAGUAAACUCCUCUUAUUUAAGAUCAAUGAAAAUGCAUACAAUAAACAGCAGAGUGCCUUUAUUAUUAUGCUAAUGAUGUCUACAUCUGACUUUCAGAUAAAUAUGGGGACCAGGGUCUAGCUUUAUCUGUUUUUGUUGAAUUUCUGUUUGUUUUGUUUUUGCAAAGUUGUUCCGGUAAUUGUCUUUGUUCUGCCUUAUUCAUGUAAAUAUGUACAACUUAUAUUGUCAUUAACCAGCAGCCCAGCCGUCAAAUUCAGUAUUCUGGACCUGUUUGUGUUCACUAACUAGCAUGGUUACCAUUUUUAAGGUACCCGGACAAUAAAUACAUGCAAUAAACUGG